AUGCGAGCCUGGCGACCACACCGCCUCACCGGUGACUUCUGUCCAAAAAGUCUAGUUGACAGCACAAACAGUGUGCUAUACUGCCAAGCAAAAGAUUUCAAAGAUACGAAGGGCCCCAGUAGGUCGCAGUUCAACCUUCCAGUUGAGGCACCAGGGCCCCCAACGACACCAGCUAGUGUUCGCUCACUCAAAUUGGAAACGUCCACCCUCAGCUCUGCGGCUUUUUGGCUGCCCAAGGCCGAAGUAGAAGAAACUCUUAACCGUAUCAAAACGCACAAGGGCGUGCGUGGGGUGAUUGUUCUUGGAGCCGAUGGUGCAGUGCUGCGCUCAACGCUCGACGCGCAACAAACCGCCGCCUAUGCAGGCGCUGCGUCCCAGCUGUCAGAGAGAGCAAGGUCCCUUGUGAGAGACCUAGACCCUCAGAAUGACGUCACUUUUCUGCGCGUUCGCUCGAAGAAGCAUGAGAUUCUUUUAGCGCCAGACGGAGAAUAUCUUCUCCUGGUAAUCCAAGAUCCAAAUGCAGAUACUCAGGGCGCAGCAACUAGCUAG